GUCUUUUAGAAGCCAAAACAAGGCGAAACCACGAUAUUCUACGAGCGUGAUUCCACAGUUUUUUCCUGCAGUGUUCAGCCAGUGUUACACUCAUAUUACUUUCAUUGCCUCGUGUCAAGUCAAUACCCGAAAGAAAUUUCUCAAGCAAGAUUCUUAGUCAUCCUAGACCGAUCGUGGUUGGAAAUUCCUCUUUGUUUCAAAUUCAAAGGACAGUCGUUGCAUUCUCUACAUCACUUCUGGUUUCAAACGUCGAUUAAGAAAAUCAAGCUGGUGAUUGGAGAUCAACUUUAUGUAAACGUAACGACAGCGCUCAUAAUCUGGAUUGACGAGAUGAGCUGGGCAUAUCGUGAAUGAGGUGAAGAGGAUUAGAAACACGAAUAUCAAAGCACAAGUCUAAGCUGACGAUUUAAAACGUGAAGUUUAAAACGCCAACGGAGCAGAUAUAGCUGAGGAUCGACAUGAACGCAAGUAUUGUGAAUUGCUCUAUGAUUCAAGGGCUUUUGAACUGUAGCGACCACAACAAGUCAUUGCACCGCGAGGAGGAUGAAGAAGAUCAUGAAAUGUACUUUGGUUUUAGUGCAGAUCAAGACGUUUUUCCUAUCGUCUUAACGGCUUUGAUCAUCAUCAUCAACACCUUUGUCCUUGUCUUGGUGUACAAGAGAAAAGCUCUCCGUACUGUCACAAACUACGUCCUUUGUAGCCUUGCAGUGUCAGAUUUGUUGACGGGCCUCUUCAGUAUUCCAAUCUACUUGGCUUGUAACAUCAUUAGAAAGCCUGAAAUAUGCUUCUGGUCGGAGAUAAUGCUACGCCUUACUUCUAUCUCCACCGUUCUUCACCUUCUGAUGGUCACUAUGGAUCGGUACCUUGCUAUCAUUUACUCUCUUCGCUAUCAUUCCCUUGUGACGAAGAAGCGAGCCGUUCUUGUAUUAAGCGUCAUUUGGUGUGUUUCCUUGUUCGUUGCUCUAAUACAACUUGCGUGGACAACACCUGGAAUGAGCGUGGAUAAACGACCAGAGGACAUCAAAGAUAAAGAAAUCCCUUACGAUCUUCUGUCCAUCGUGGUUUUCUUUGCGGUUCCUCUUCUUGUCAUGCUCAUCACCUACAGCUGUAUUUUCUUUGAGGUUCUGCGCCAGUCUCGCAACAUCAAGAAGAACAGCGUUCCCGGCUACAUGGAAAACCGACGCCAAGAUCGCCACGAGUGGAAAGCCGCCAUCAUGUUCGUUAUCAUGGUAGUCGUCUUCGUAGUGUGCUGGCUGCCCUUUUUUAUCAUUCGUAUACAGCACAACUUCAGCAAUGCUUUCUUCGUUCUUCCAGAUGUGGCCGAAUACAUUCUCAUCAUGCUUCGGUUUCUGACCUCCUUCAUCAAUCCUUGUCUGUACAUCUUUGGAAAGCACGACUUCAGGAAGGCUUUGAGUAAAGUAUUUGGGUUUAAAAGAAGGCCGAGCCGUUCCGAAACUACUAGAUCCUCCUUGCUCAAGACAACCGAGAUGUAAUUAAACCACUUGAACCGUCCUCUUCUUUUAAAGCUGCUUUGAUUAGGAACUGAGUUGGAAUGAGACGUCUAAAUCAACCGCUCUCUCGACUCCUUUGUGGACACAUUGAGGGGCAAAAUUUUAUUUUAGAAUAAUAAGGCCGAAAAGUAAAAACAAAGUCAAAACACCCAGACCUUAGGACUUGAAGAAAACGGAUAAGAAAAAAGGGCAUUUUAGAGGAUAUAUUUUCCUUUAUUGUUCGGUACGUGAGAUCGAGAAACUGUGAACAAUUUGUUGAGUAACUGAAUGGACAACAAUGGCACGUCUUAUGCUGUAGUAAUACCAAGUAUGCAGUUGCCCUAAUCUAACCCUAUCCUAGUACGAUUUCUCUCAUACAUUUAUAAGACGAAGUGGUGAGUCCUAAUCUAGCCCUAUAGUACGAUUUCUCUCAUACAUUUAUAAGACGAAAAGGUGAGUUUAAAGACGAGACUGUAUUGGAAAUUGAUAGGAAAGAUUGUUAUAAACGGAAUUGUCUGUCUUGUACCGGAAUGUUUUGGUGAUCAUGACCGCGCGCUUGAUCCAAAUAACUUAGGCUAGUUUCGCAGGAUUAACAGAACUGACAGCUGAAUGGUAUUUGACUUCUUCCCGAUCAGGAAAUUAAUCUUCGAUAAAUAAAGAAAAAGACGAAAAUCCAUGUAACUAAUUGCAGCGAAUUUGAUCACGUCUGCGAUAGAAGGAUAAACUUUUGAGAUAUAAAAGUCGAAAAUAGACGCGCAAAUUUUGCAGUUUAGGUAUUGUCUCGGUGGCACCUUCCUCGAUAGAACAGUCUUGUCUGUAUUUACAUAGAAGUAAUACAAAAAGUUGUGUACAUCUUUAGAUAAAUAUGGAAGUCGAGCCUCUGGUUUGACAUACCCGAAAAAUUCAUUACUUUACAAGCUACUUUCAAUUACACUCGCAAUCCGCGUCACGUAAUCGUUUCCCGCCAUUAAUUGGAAUGUCGGAGGUAAAUAUGAAUUAGUUUGAACAAAUUUUUGAAUUGGAAAUCCGAAAAAUUGGCAGUUUUGAAAGGGAUUGUUAAUGAAAAUUUAGAUAACAUCUUGUUUCAACUUUUUAACGUAGUUUAUUUCUAGCGAAAAUUUUGCUUCAAAUUAUAAAGCCACUUAUGUAUAUAUAUAUUUUCUAUAAACGAUAGUGUUUACUCAUAGAGUCAAGAUCAUUCGAGAAAGAUUUUUAUUUUUAUCAACUGCUAAUCAGAGUUGUCAAUCCAAAAUGGCGGGAAAUGGUCACGUGUCACGCUUAUCGCCCGCUACCGCACUUCUUGGUCCGUUGCUGUUUUGUUUUUAACCUCAAAAGCUCAAAGUGGUAUGUGAUUGGCUAUUUUCAUUGGGUUAUUCACGUAGAUACAAGCUGCAAUAAGGAGGGCAAUAAGAAGUUACAAAUCACAAAAAUCGCUCAAGUUAUAGACAAGUCGCUAUCGGUCCUUUUGAUGAAAGAAACUAAAAUCAAAAGGAGUAGAGACUUUAGGAUUUGUACGCAUGCGUUCUAUCAUGUUUGGUAGAUUGUGAUUGGACCAGAUUAUUUUUUAUGCGCAUGCUUACUCCAUGCAUGAUCAAAUAACAAUGCGAUUGGAUAAAAAGGCUUUGGCUAAGGCGUAUGCUUUUUUUUUUUUUUGAUCAGCCUAGUUUGCACUGCGCAUGCUCAAUUCACGUUAAGUCGUGAUUCGAGAGAAGUAUAACCUACUUCAACAUAAUACUAAAUUUUACUUUCUACUGUAAAUAGACAUUUAUCCAUGGGCCUGUUUAUAUAUAACCCUUCUGUGUACGAAAAGAGAAGCCUGUAAUCAUAAUCGCAAUGCUCAUUAACAAUAAGAUCAUUCUGUAAUUAUAUAAGUCAUCAUGUAGCUUAGAGCGGUUUUCGUACGAGAUGGAAACGAUAUAACACGGCAAAUUCUUAUUCGUAGUUUAGCCGUACCGCUUCUUACUGUAGCCGUAAUUAUGCGUUGUGGUUGAAUGAAUUACUAGAUGACAAACCAUUCUUAUGGGAAGCCAUUUCGAUGUCACGCCAUGUCGUACCGUGUGUGCGAUGUAAGGCAGUACGUAUUGUCCCCAUUUAUACGAUCACCAACCUUUCGCGGGAAGCAUUCUCAAUGUUACGGCAUGUCGUAACGUGUAUAUCGUGCUUGCUGUAAGUCAGUAACAAACGGUCGUUUCCCACUCAUACGAAAACCGCUCUAUAAUUUCCUCUAUGAUAAUAGUAAUCAUCAUACAUAUAAGAUAUUAAAGCUAUAUGCGCAUUCUGAAUGGUUAAAUUAAAGCUUUGAAAUCACCUGAAUUACAAUGAUA